ACCAAAGGCUCAACACUUUAAGUUCCAAGAGUCAUUCUUCGGACCGAGUAGGUAGUGCAACGUCGAAAAGACCAUCGCUUAAGUUGUUUCCAACACGAACGGUGGUCCAUCAGAAGACGCGUCGCGACGUAGUGCGCCGUGACCUAAAUAUACCGCUGUAAAGAGUGCCGUUAGCGCGUUCAAUCGCCGCGUGCCCUUUUACUAUUGCCCUGGACAACCUCCUCGAAGAAUAAAUAUAAACAUGGCCGUCAUUAUCAAGAACGUAUCGCUGUUAUUCACUUUGUUAGUACUACCUAUGAUAUGGACCGAGUCAUGGGGAACUCCCGUCCAGGAUUCGUCGGACAACACAGCGGCUUUUGUACAAGUAUCAGAAAUCGCAGGCGCUCGGCCGUUGUCGCGUAAAGAGAAAAAAUCAACGAUUAGUCAAGAAAAAUCUUUCGAGACGUCCCAUAAAUUACCCUCCACCCUUACCUACCUCAUAAAUGAAGAGCAGAGGCGAAGAAAAAGAGCAGCUAAAGCUGCAGACUCACCCGCACCUGCUCCUGCUGGUUCUAUCAGGCUGGAUGUCAAAAAACUUAUCGAAAGAUACCAGGCCCAAUUGAAGACCAGUACGACAGAAAAACCUAAGACUAAAAAAUCGCCUGCAACGUCAGCGUCAUCUAACAACAAGCGAAUAAAAAAAGACGUCGAGCCUACUGACUCAAGUAUAGUUUUGACCACGGGGAAACCCGCAGCUGCAAGAAGCCUCGACCUUGAAAACGUUCCCCUUCAAGCAAGCGGAAGUGGUAAACAAAAUUCACGAAUCCAAAUCAAAAAGGGACCUAAUGGACAAGAAUACGAAUAUGAAUACGUGUACUAUUACUACGACGACGAAGAAGACGCUGGUAAAACCGAAAAGAAGGAAAAGAAGGACAAGUUCACAAACGCCCACGAUGGACCCCAACCGAAUCAAAUUCCUACAACUAAAGAAACCAAACUUGAAAAAAGCAAGUACAAAGAAGCCGCAAACGAAGUGAUACCUCAAACCACGAGAGCGGGUUCCAGAGGAAAAAAUAUUAGACAAUUAGAGGCAGAAGGGUCGGUUGAUGAGGAAAGAUUACCAGCCAAUCCUCGCUUUCCACCCCGAGGCAAUCGUAACCUUGAAGAAGACGCUUCAAGUAUCGAAGAAAACGAAGCUAAACCAUCAACUCCCAGGGGUAGGGGACGAUCAACUACCACAACAGAAUCCCCAGUAGAGAGCGAUAACAUCUCUGAAGAAAGUCAGGGAACUAGGGAUAGGACACGGGCAAAUGUACGUGGUCCGUCUUUAGAACUAGUGGACAGCGCCAGUUUUAAUACUCAUACGGGUACAGCAGGAGCGGAACUUCCUGGUUCGGGUCCCUCUUUCCCUUCAGAACUUCCGUCCGGUCCUGUUAGAUUUUUAGGGGCUACCCCAAAUGAAAAAAGCGACAAAGAGUCACAAAUAGAGGUCGAAGGUCAAGAAGAAACAUCGGAAACGACAAGCGGAAAAUACGAGUCUCAAACAAAUGAAAGCAAUACUGAGACGGAAACAGUAAGUGACGAUACCACAACUUUGGUGAUGGACAAGGUUGCUUUAGACCUAUACGCUAUAUUGCAAGGAACGCAGAAAUUAUCAGGAGAAGCGGUUAGUAUAACCCGAACCGAUUCAACCCAGGAGUCAGAUACGGACGACGCUACAAAUGAAGCUCCUACAACCCCUGAAGAAGCUAGUUCGACUACAACGACCACCACUACUACGACUACAACCACAACUACCCCCGCUCCAACUACCACCACAACAACCACAACUGCAGCACCUGAACCAUUAUUUGGUCGCAAUAAGUUCCGCGGACGAAACGGUGUCCGGAAACAUGGCUCCACUUCAACGACUUCAUCCCCCAGUACAGAAUCCGGUGAUAGCAAACCCAAGAAUCGCUUUAGCAGACCCAGCUUUGGAUCUAGGGCCAAAACUCGUCCUACCACAUCUGAACCUGCUCAUGAAUCAGAAAUUGCCAAAGAGGAUUCCAAGCAAGUGACCAGCAAAGCCAGUAAACCCACCCCUGGACGUACACGUUUUGGGACAGGAAGAACUCGUCCCAGCACUACAACCCACGCACCUUCGGAGGAAAAAGAUUCAUCUGCAACCAGAGCAUCUCCAAGUAGACCUAGACCCACAUUCAGUGCUCGAGGGCGAGGUAGAAGUACGACCUCAGCACCUGCAGAAGGCGAAUCACCCGCAGAAUCGUCCGCAACAUCAGAAGGUUCCAGUACCACAGCUCGAUCUGUAAGACCACGACUUACGCCUGGAGGAGGAGCUGUAAGACCACUAAGACCUGGGCCCAGAAUUAACAUCGCAAGAGGAAGACCUGGUGCAUCUACCACUACAACUGCUGCACCUGCAGAAGCUGCUGAAGACACGGAGGUUGAAAAGGUCAAGGAGGAAACUCAGACAGACCAAGAAAAGGAAGGAGAAUCGUCUUCAGCGAGCACACCUGAAGACAACAGUCCAAUAAAUAAGCUGCGACACAGGCAACGUUUAAACGUUAACCAUAAUAAACCAAAAGCUGCAGCAGCUAGUGCCCCCGUUCAAGUAAGAAGAAUAAACCCCUUACUCAACAGACGAAAACUAGGUCAAACUGAACCAACUUCAAGCGAAGCUCCUAAAGAGGAACACCUUUCAACAGAGGCAGCAACCGAUAAUGAAGAAGCAACGGAUGAAGCUGAAAUAGCCACUUCUAGCACCACAACUACGGAAGAGCCACGAGGACUCAGCAAACUGUUAGCGGGGAGAAAAAGAUUGGCAUCGCGACAACCAGCAACCAAGAAUUAGAUAUUUAAAGGUAUCAAUACAAGUGAGAUCGACAACUUAUUAUGUACCUACCAAUAAGAACUGAUUUUUAAUACAUUGUCAUCAAUAACAAACCACAGUCACUCGUUAAGUAUCACCAGGAAACGUAAUUAAAUAGUGAUUAUUACUUAGUAUGUACAUAAAUGCCUAGGUAUUAAAUACGGAAUUGUGGCACUUACACAAAAGUAUAUUUAAAAAAGUAUCUCCAAGUUUGACGCAAAGAAAUAAUAGAUAGUUACGUAAAAAAUAAACUAUUAAAACAGUCUUCUAAUACAUAAAUUCAAAAACAAUUCCAAUCGGUUGCCAAAAGUAAGGUUAAUUCUAAGUAUGACUCAUUGCAAACUAAAACAUUCAUGUUUUAAUUAUCUUACCUGUUCAGGCAUAAUAAUAGUUAUAAAAACAAUUUCACUAAUACUUCACUGUUUGUUUAGAGUACUUUGUACAAUUAACAUCAAAAUUACAAAAAUCCACAUUUUCACUUUCAAAAAUCACAAACAACCUUAAAAACGAGUAUGCAUGUAUGCAACAGUGUAACCAUAGAUAAUAGAGUGUAACUUCCAUAGAUACAUCAUAGAUAAGAAUAUGAAGAUGAGUAGAACCUUUCAAAUUUAAUCAGCUGCUUAAAGUUAGGACAAACGCAUGCACAAUUCACAUAAAUUGUUAAAAUGUUGAUUUACCAGCAAUUAACAAUAAUCGCAAUAAUAAAUACACUAAUAUGAGAGUGAAUCUUAGGCGUGUUGCUUUAAUACAUUUUUGAUACAAAAAUUACAAUAAACGUAUUUCUUUGCCUUACCCAAACUGAUAGGUACUUUAUAUAAAGUUUUUGUAAUAUUGUGAAUAGUUAAUAAUUAUUAAUAAAAAGAUAAAAAAACA